AUUUCAAAACCCUCAUUAAGAAAAAAAAGUCAAACCCCAAAGGCCAAAACCCCUCCCUUUGUUUGUCACAUUUCUGAAUUAUUUCCCUCUCAAAAAAAUCAAAGUGUCUCCGAUCCAUGAACGAACGGCUUCGAAUCGCAUCUACAGGGGAGAGGCCUGUUUGGCCUGAAAACUCAAUGGAGCAGCUACUUUCGCCAAAAGAUGAAAGGAAUAUUUUAGCGAAUCCUUCCCCGGAUGCAGCCACCAUAGGACCUUCAAUGGAUGCUGCUGACUAUCCUGGAGCUUCAAAUGAAAGUGCAGAUCUUAGUAUCAUCCAUCCACUCAGUGCUUGUGGUUCUCAUCAACGUGUGUCAUACGGAGGCUAUGGCAAUAGCACCGGUAGUUGGGAUGGAUAUCCUCACUUUGUGAAUGCUGAUGGAUUGCACUUAUCUCCUGUAAUCUACAAUGAAAAUCAAUCUCUUUUGCUGCACGCUGGUUAUGGCUUCACUCCUGAAAUGUCAUAUGGACAAUAUUCCCCAGUUGGUACACCUCUGCCUUCUCUACUGGUAGAAGGCCCACUAUAUGCUUCACAACAAGUUCCAUUUCCUCCAACUUAUUGUCCACUACCUGCCUCUCCAAAUGUUCCUGCAGCUGUCCCUGUUAUACCAACUGAGCUGAUGACACUGGAAAGUAGUAAGGAGAACAUGCAUUAUGGAACAAGGUCAGGUUACUUAAUACAAUAUGGAUCAUAUGGUAUGGGGAACAUUUCUGGGAUUUUUGGUUCUAGCGCUGUAACUUCUCCUGCAGCUUAUUCUCAACCAGUGGGCAUUCUUGGUUCAUAUGAGCGCAGACAGAGAUCUGGUUCCUCUGUUGGACACUACCCACACGAUGGAUCUUAUCAGAGCUCCAAGUUCAGCAGUGCAUCUGUUCCUUUCUUGGGGCCUAAUGACCAGACAAGAUUUGUUCUUGACAAGGGCAAGAGACAAGAAAGAGACCAGGACUCAAUUUGCAUUUCUAAUGAGUCUCAGGGUAUGGACCAUAAUCGUGGACCAAGGGCUGUAAAGCUGAAGGGCAAGAGCACCAGUGAACAGAGCUCUCGAUCUGAUAAUAGCAAAAUAGAUUCAGCCAUAUCUGCAAUUGAUCUUGAUUUGUACAACCAGCCAGAUUUUUGUACUGAUUAUGAGAAUGCCAGGUUUUUUAUCAUCAAAUCUUUCAGUGAAGACAAUGUUCACAAAAGUAUUAAAUACAAUGUAUGGGCCAGCACUCCACAUGGAAACAAAAAACUAGAUGCUGCCUAUUGUGAAGCCAAAGAGAAGAAGGAAACCUGUCCAGUCUUUCUGUUGUUUUCAGUCAAUGCCAGUGGACAGUUUUGUGGGGUAGCUCAAAUGGCUGGACCUGUAGAUUUUGAGAGUGAUGCAGACUUUUGGCAACAAGAUAGGUGGAGUGGACAGUUCCCAGUUCAGUGGCAUGUCAUCAAAGACGUUCCAAACAAUCGAUUCCGUCAUAUUUUGCUGCAAAAUAAUGACAACAAGCCUGUUACCCACAGUCGAGAUUCACAGGAGGUGAAUUUAGAGCAAGGCAUUGAGAUGUUGAAAAUUUUCAAGGAUCAUGAUACUCGUACAUCUAUCCUAGAUGAUUUUGUAUUUUAUGAUAAGCGGGAAAGAGCUUUGAAGGAAAGGAAGGCUAGAGAGCCAGCUUUUUCACCAGUGGAUGCUUCAUAUUUAGGUGCUGGUGACUCUGUUAACCAAAUGUCUCAUGCUCUUGCUCAGACCAUUAGGUUGAAAGAGGAGAGAGAAGGACCAUCAAGAGAAAUGGGUUGUAGCUCGGGAACAGAUGCUUUAGCUUCACUAGCUAAUGAAUCCAUAAGCCAAAAUUCCGAUUUCAUUCUAGUGUUACAAUUGGAAGACAAGCUAAGUAGCAAAGAAGUAUCGGUGGUGGAUAAUGGCAUAGAUCACCAGAAUUCAGCAUGUUGAUAAGAUUAGGACAGAUGUGUGACAACCGGAAGCAGUUGUAGGAUUGCAGGCAUGUUUUUAAUGCUUGCUUUAACCUGACAAACUCCUUUUGUGAUUCUAUAGAUUCUUUGCUUGCUAACAGUAUUUGUGGUAAGAUUGAUCGGGCAAUUUGAAGCAGUGAGGCUGCAACGUUAGAGAGUUGCUUGUGGCCAUGGGCAAGAAGAUAGCCUGGUUUAUGCUCUCUUUUGGGUUUUCAUCUUGAGUUGUUUUAACUCAAUAUAUGUGUGGUUUGGCAUUGGCACUGCACAGCAGUCAGUUGAAUAUCCUUGUCAUAUGUUAUCCUUGAUGCGAUGCCUAUUGGAUUUAGUAGUAGGUCUCAAUUUACCUCAAUAUUGUAAACGUAGGAUUUGGGAGUCAAAUUAAUAACAAAUGCAUUUGAUGAAGACUUGGUGCUGUGUUUUGUUUAUGUUCUUCAAUUCUAAUUUCUGGGCAUCUAUUCAAGAAGAGGCUGCUGUGGACAUGUUACAACAUGAGAUUGCAACUGUGAGAUUCUGGGGUGCGAUUCUUACAAUUGAUGUCUUCUCUAGAAAAACCAACAGUGGUGACAUGAUUUUAGAAAAAUCUAUAAGCACGAUAGAAUAUUGUUUCAUGUUUUUGCAGUUAUUAUAUUGAUUUAUUAAUUUUCUUAAACACAGUCUAGCAGGACUUGAGUUGUGACAACCUUAUGACUAUUAGUGAACUAAAU